AGACCUGCCCCUGAGGAAGUGACAACAGGAGUGCCCUUGACGGGCAGGCCGGCUGGGCUCUGCAUCCCUCUGCUCGCACUGCCGGGAGAUGGCUCAGCGGCUCCUCCUGGGGAGGUUCCUGACCUCAGUCAUCUCCAGGAAGCCUCCUCAGGGUGUGUGGGCUUCCCUCACCUCUAAGACCCUGCAGACCCCUCAGUACAAUGCUGGUGGUCUAACAGUAAUGCCCAGCCCAGCCCGGACAGUACACACCACCAGAGUCUGUUUGACGACCUUUAACGUCCAGGAUGGACCUGACUUUCAAGACAGAGUUGUCAACAGUGAGACACCAGUUGUUGUGGACUUUCAUGCACAGUGGUGUGGCCCCUGCAAGAUCCUAGGACCGCGGCUAGAGAAGAUGGUCGCCAAGCAGCACGGGAAGGUGGUCAUGGCCAAAGUGGACAUUGACGAUCACACAGACCUUGCCAUUGAAUAUGAGGUGUCAGCUGUGCCUACCGUGCUAGCCAUCAAGAACGGGGACGUGGUGGACAAGUUUGUGGGGAUCAAGGACGAGGACCAGCUAGAAGCCUUCCUGAAGAAGCUGAUUGGCUGACGAGCAGAGAGGAGGCCUGACUACCCUUGCCUGCUGGAAGUCUGUUUUGGGGAGAAGCCUAGUAGAACUCCCAGCCCUCAGCUGUCAUCCUUCCUGCCCUGCCCCUCUGUUUUAUCCUGGUGGGUCUUGCCUGUGACAGCAGACCCUCCAAACCUAAGAGCCACCAGCACUUCAGAGCCAGCCCUCAGCCCGGGUGGCCUGGAGAGGGCCAGUGCUGCCACUGGUGUGGGGGUCAUUCUUGUGCACCCCCUACUGUGUGCUCCUCUUGUGCACCUACUGUGUGCUUCUUCCGGGGCUUGUUGCCAUUCCCCUAGAUGCUGGAGAAAGCCUGGGCCAGCCUGUAGCCUGACCGCACUAGUGGUCGCCCAGUCCCCAUCUCUGUGGCCCUCUGAAGCCCCAGCCCCCAUGCAUCAGCCUCUGGCACAUUUCCUCUCCUGCCUCUGCUUGAAAAGGAAACCAGAAGCCGAACAAGUGAGAGUAAUGUAUAAUUCUCUCAUUUUUUUGUAGGUCUCUAAUAAAGAACUUUAUGUGGUCCUUCUACCUCUUGCUGUGAAGAACAGAGCCCACCCCAUAGCCUAAAUCUGUCCCUUCUAUUCCUUGUCCCCUCCCUGAGUUAGCUGGGCCUUGGUUCUGGGUCCCUGAGCAGGAGGAGGAGCUGUGAACAAGUCAGACCAAUAAAACCAGGUUUGCACU